AUGUCAUCUUCACCACCCGACAGCGAAACUAUCACUGCUAGUAAUGCUCCAGUCGCUAAAAAGGCCUGUCAUAGCUGUCGCCGGGCUCGAUUACGAUGCGACAAGUCUAUCCCUCACUGCUCCAAAUGCACCUCAAGGGGGGUUGAGUGCUUAGGCUACGGCCGCCUAUUCCUAUGGACUGGAUCGGUUGCCACGCGAGGAAAGCUGGCUGGACAGAGUUCAAGUGCCUCGGUGUGUCGCUUGCCAAAGCCGGGUGAAGCACAAAUCACUGAAGUGUCCCCUGAAAUGCCUGAUAUGCAAAUGGACUCCUUCGAUGCACAAGGUGUUGAGCCUGGGGCUUGGGCCUUAGCGUCAUCUCAAGAAAAUCAACUCGUCCUUCAAGAUAAGACUCAACCGUGGUCUCCUCCUUCGCCUUCUUCACCAACAUCGCCAAGUUCACCAUGGACACUCUGUGAUCCAUUGUUUCAAGAUAUGACACAUUCGCAACGGUGGUAUUUGAAUUAUUAUUCAACUCGAGUCAGCAUGGAUCUCGUUGGUGAUGAACAGACCAAAAGCAACAGGAAUCCAUAUCUGAACCUUUUGCAACUCACAAAUGAACAUGCCUUUUUGCAACAAAUUAUCAUUGCGGUAUCUGCGGCUCACAUGUGCAACUUGUCAAGACCCUGGUUAGGUCCCAAUUCAUACACGAGAAAAGAGGCACCAAAGAAAUUGCUCAUGGACGCCCUGGUUGCCAAACAAAAAGGAUUGCAAAUGAUGCCCGAAGCGCUACGGAAUAUUGAAACCAUUGGAGCCGAUGUGAUUCUUGCCACUGUCUUGUUUCUUAUCAACUCGGAGCUUAUCGAGUCUGGUUGGCAAAGUUGGAGGCCUCACCUUGAAGGUGCCAAGAAGCUUUUGAAUAUGACGGAACCAUUCGCAAGUUCCGACACGACAUUACGAGACUACAUAGUAGCGGACUGCUAUGUCUACUGCACGUUGAGUUUGUCUUUCAACCCAUCGACGCCAGGCACACAGGCGUUAUCUUUUGCCCCGGAUCAAGUUAAAGCGACACUUGCUAGGACUGACAAUUCUUUCUUCUGUUGUCCGCCCGAAGUUCUUGAUAUUCUCCGUGAGACGGCACAGUUACUACAUUCCGAAUCGCAAGGAGGAGUUUCGAGUCAAGGAGCUUUGAUGGAAUUUACAAACCUGCUGGACCGCGCGCAACGCCUUGACGUUUUGAAGUGGGCAAAAGACAGAGUGCCUGAUUCCAACGAAGUAGCCCUUUGGAGCAGUUGCCGAACAGGCUCCGCGCACAGACUUGCAACAUGUCUCUACAUCAUCCAGUCGGCGCCCGCGCUGCGCACCAGGAUGCCAGACCAAGUUUGCAAAAGUCUCAUCCAGGAUCUUUACGACACGCUAUUACCGUUGCCCGACGAGGACCCAAACUUCAAAGCCACGGGAUGGCCCACCUUUAUUUAUGGAACGACGGCAAGGACUCCGGAGAGCCGGGCGUGGGUGAUGGAUCGAUUAAAGAUGGUGGCCGCAAUAUGCCCGUGGGGAUUUUUAUAUUCUGCGAUUGAUACGUUGCAGAUUCUCUGGAAGAAUGAUACUGAAGGUGAGGGAUAUAUGAAUUGGGUCCAGAAACUCAAGGACUUGAAUGUCGACUUUUUGAUGGUGUAG